CCACAAAGUUUCCAAUAAAAAUGAGCGGAGGUGGAAUGGAGUCUAUGGCACGGCCAACUCCACCGGAAGAUGGCGGUGGAAUAAACAGCCAGCACGGCGGAGAACGGUGUGGGUAUGGGUUCCAUAUGCCAUUGCAUUACCCAAGAUACACACGAGCUGAAUAUGAAACAAUGCCAGAAUGGAAAGUGGAUUGUUUACUUACUCAAUAUGGACUUCCUAGUAAUGGAGAUGUUAAUCAAAAGAGAAAAUUUGCUAUGGGAGCUUUUCUUUGGACCUGUUAAUUAAAUCUCUUUUUUCUCUAUAUAAGUUUAAAUCGGUUUGUUGCGUGCGUGUAUAUAGAAGUUGAAUUUUUUUUUUUGUAAAAUAGGUUGAUCAUGUUUUCGUUUCUAGAGAACUACUAUAAUUUUGUUAUCAAUAUGAAUUUCUAUGUAUAAUCAACUUAAUUAUAUUUACGCUUUA